UGUGUCUGUGCUUGCAUGUGCGUGUGCGGGAGGGAGGUCUCGGAGUUUGGGGAAGGGAAGGGGUUAGAAUACCUCAGAGGCUAAAACAGCCGAUUCUUCUCAUUUCCUCUCAGAGUAAUGAACGCGUGAGCGGGUGUUUGUGGGAAAGUCAGAGAGAGAGAGAGAGUCAUAGACGCAGGAGGACAGCAGCUUCGAUUGUUUUUGCCUCCCGUUUAACGGCCAGACCAGCUGUCAGGAAGGAGCGCUCCUCGACCCGCCGUCCUCCCCAUCGCUGCGGCCUCCCGCGGCUCUCCCUCCCUCCCUCCCUCUCUCUCCAGUGUGUAGUGGGACCGCGGUCUCCACUCACCUGUCGUUCGCGCUCAAAGUGACGGAGGGGUAGGGGGGCCACCUGCCCCGGCUCGCGCCGCCAUGGGAUCCCGCUCGGCCGCAGCCUAGCGCGCGUCAGGACCGCACACGCCCCAGCUGUCACCACCGCGGGGGGGGGGGACAGAGACAGAGAGAGAGCGAUGUCAUCUCUGUACCCCAGGACCAAGGAGCUCUCCCGUGCUCGGAAGUCGCUGUCCGACUCGCCGCCGUCCUCUCCCUCCCCGACCGCCAAGAGCUUCAGACAUGACAGGGUGUCUAGGCUGGACUCUGGUUCUGGUUCAGGGGACAGUACUACAGACAGGCUUCUGGGCCGAACCAGUGCCUACACCCGCCGGGAGAACCGCCUUGCAUCUCUGAACAAGUUGGACGAUGAGUUCGGCUCUAGGGACUACAAGAAGAUGUACGAGGACGCCUUGGCCGAGAAUGAGAAGCUCAAGUCCAGGCUGGAAGACAGCAAGCAGGAGCUGGCCAAGAUCCGGACGCAGCUGGAGAGAGUCACACAGAAACAGGAUCGAAUAUCUGAAAGGUCCAGUGUGCUUGAGACAGAGAAAAGGGAAAAGCGAGUCCUGGAGAAAAAGGUCUCAGAAAUGGAGGAAGAACUCAAGGUACUGACAGAGCUCAAGUCUGACAACCAGAGGCUGAAGGACGAGAAUGGAGCCUUGAUCCGUGUCAUCAGCAAGCUGUCCAAGUGAGGGAGCAGGGCGGGGGCUUCCCUUCCUGUACCCCCUCUCCUCUCCAAAUACAGUGCUCCUCCCUGCAUCCGCCCUCACCACGCCUGCCCUCUCACGCUGGGGAAUUCUGGGAAGCCAGCAAGCCAACCUACUGAAAGGGUGUUUUUUGAGCAGACGAGCAGAGUCGCAGAGAGUCCCCUUUCCCACCUGCAUGCUCUGCCACGCCCACACAUUUAACAUUCACCAACCUGCAGAACUUAGGUGCCGCUUUGUCUCUGUGUACAACGCCAUAGUCCUUACCUUGGUUUGGAGAAUCAUUUGUGACAAUCUCCCGCAAGGACAAAGCCAUGGGGGAGGGUGGGAUGAUGUCAGCGUAUCUACCGUCCAAUGCACCAGCACUGGCCCUUAACACACCACUACACCAUAGCCAAUUAUCUCCACUCCCCUGCAUAUUCAGCACUUCCUGUGUGAGGCAUUGCAGGGACUUUGGGGAGGUGUAAAGACAAUUUCUAACCACCACGUUUAGUGAAUGUUUUAUUUAUUAUCUUUUUUGGGGGGUUUUAGAAGUUGUGUAUGUUUUCAGUAUGUAUUGUUUUCUGUAUUUAUCAUUCAGAACUGUUCACCUGCACACUCUAAAAGAGUGCCCCUUUUAAUGGGGCACGCAGCUUUGAAAUGAAACAUAUUUUCACCUUUUGCAUGGCUGAUGUAUGUUUUAUAUCAUACAUGUCGUAAAUGCACCGCUGUCACUGAAUCAUGUUUGACAUACGGUAUAUAUUAUUCUUUACAUCAGUUAAGUGUGCUUUUCGUGUGGUCUCAUUUUGUUAAAUCGGUGCCCUGUAAACCCUACGUGCCUUCAUUUGCAGAUGGAGACCAAUAUGCCUCUGCAAUAUGAAUAUAGCUAAAAGUGACAAUUACACCUCAGCACAUUAUAUGAAGUGGGAUUUAUCUUUACUAUUUGAAAGAAUAUGUGUUCCAAAAAUAUAUUAUAUAUAUAUAUAUAAGCAU